GGCAACAGUGUCCAAACAAAAGGCUCGCGGGUAGCGGGCUGAUUUGCCUGGCUGGGUUCAGGAUGAGCCGACCCGACAGCAGCCCUAAUGAAAAAGGGGUCAAGCAAAAUGGAGACCCAGGAGGUCAUCUGUCUGUGUUUACUAAUGCUCACACCGCAGCAGAGAGUCCUGAAACAAGGCUGUGGUCCGCCUUCAAGAAAGACACUCACAAGAGGAGAGUUUACCUGGCAGGGAGAGAGUAUUACAGUGAGGAAGGAAAAACCUUUGAGCUGCGUCUUGUGAGAAAAAUAAAGCAACAGUUAAGCGCUGAUCCCACCCUUCGUCCAGAGUAUCCAUCUUCUCUUGGUCUGACAGAAUACAUCAGGCGAGCCACAGAGAUGACUUUGGGGAGGAGCUGUCAGGCUGUAGUGGAGGAUCGGGUGUUAGGUAUCCAGACUCCUGGUUUUACCGCUGCUGUGCGUCUUGGUGCUGAACUCCUAAGACACUGCAAUGAUGUCUGUGUUGCUUGGUGUGGGCCCGUCUACCUCUCCUCUCCUUGCGAUGACUCAUUGGCAGGUAUCUUCCAGGCAGCAGGGAUCCAAGAUAUCCGUGAGUAUUAUUACUGGGAUGACAUGCAGCGCUGCGUUUGUUUGGAGAAGCUUCUGGAGGAUUUGGAGAAGGCUCCGGAACAAAGUGUUGUUGUUCUGUCGGCGUCUGCCCACUAUCCAACCGGAGCAGACCUCUCUCAGAAUCAAUGGGCUGUAAUUACCAGACUCAUUAUGAGGCGUAGGCUUUUCCCUUUCCUCUUGCUGCCUACUCAGGCACUCUGCUAUGGAGAUUUAGAGCGGGAUGCCUGGCCUGUGCGGUACUGUGCAUCACAGGGGAUGGAGUUUGUCUGUGCUCAGUCGUUCUCCCACUGUUUUGGACUAUAUGGUGAGGCUGUUGGACACCUCCUAUGCGUCCGGAAGCAGAGCUCCCUCCUGUUAUCUGUGCGGUCUCAAGCCGACAAGAUAGUCAAGUCGCUGUGGGCCCAGCCACCUGUAGGAGGAGCACAUGUUGUCACCACAGUGCUCAGUAACCCUGCCCAUCUUGUUGAAUGGCAGGAAGAAGUAAAACACAUUGUGGAGAGAUGUAUGCUGAUCAGAGAAGUUUUAGGAGACAGGCUGAGGCUUUUGGGAACUCCAGGUUCCUGGGACCACCUGACUAAACAGGGUGGACUCUACUGUCAUACAGGCUUGAAUGGUGAGCAGGUAGAAUUUCUGUCAAAGAGAAGACACGUGUACCUGCACCCAAGUGGCUGUCUAAAUGUGAGUGCAAUCAACGGUCUAAACUUGGACUACAUUGUCGAGUCCAUCCAUCUGGCUCUGACCACUUCACCAUGACCAUGUGGCUUUUGAUCAGGCUCUGAAAUCAGUGUCAAAGGGGCUUUUCAGCCUGACUGAAACUCUCAUUUAGAUUGAACCUUUCAUGUGUUUUGCAGGCCCAGCUAUUGCAAAUUAUUAUUGAAUUGCCAGUGACUUUUGACAGAGGUGCAAUCAUUAGUAAUUGUAACAGUGAGCAGGCUGUGAUGGUCCUUCAGGUGAGAAGGCAUGAAUAUGGGAUGAGAUCAUGCGUGGUGUGUGCGGUAUACAGUAGGUCAGCCAUAGGUAAAAGAGUAUGACAGCAGCUGAGUGACCUUCUUGUUAGAAUUUAGUUAGACUUAUGAAUUUAAGUGUAUAUUUAUAUGUUCACACUUUCGUUUUGGUGCUUAUGUUUUUUGUACUCUACCAAAACCGCUGUGUACGGCUAAAGCCAGAAGCUUGUUAGCUUAGCUCCACCAAAAGUAAUGAACCUACCAGCACUUCUAAAGCUGAAAAUUAAUGUCAUAUCUGGUUUGUUUAAUUGGUACAAAAACUGAAAUGUAAAAAUGUCAGUUUGUGGUGUUACAGGGAUUGGGUGUGGGGGUGUU